AGCAUUCGGUGAGCGAACGUUCCACGGUGGAUCAGCUUGGCAGGCCGCAUCGAUCUCUCGGUACCACUCGAUCUCGUGGCUUCCAAUAAAAGACGUCAACGUUAAAACCGCUGCAACCAGAUCGUACGGAGAACGUGUCGGGAUAAAAACGCUAGAGGCUCGAUUUCGAGUGUCUCGUUCGACGGAUCGAGAAGUACGGAUGUUUGGUAGAAAAACACAGUGCUGAACAUCUCAAGGACAAGGCAAAGAGUAGGAAGAGAGAAGUAGAAGGGAGGCGGUGGAUGUGCUGACGUUGAUCGAGCCAGAAGUUCGAUCGCGAAAGUGUCGCGUGUCAUUUAAUCGUCGCAAGUGGUGGUCGAUGUUUAAUGAGUGUCAGUGAUGACAGAUGUAUUUUGCUGCCGUGCUUCGUACGACGUCAUCGUCGGGCGCGAGGCGUAACUUGCUUCUGACAUUGCGUCCGCGUACUAUCGCCGGAAGGCAGCUACGAAAACGGUGAAAAUUCAUCGUAACAACGAUCUUGGAUAAUCGAAGAAAAUGUCCAGAGCGAUUGGCAUUCACCAGCUGCUGGCCAUCUUCCUCUACUACCAAGCAUUCGGCUUGAUACUGGAGGAAGAGAACGAGCCGAAUUAUCUGAACGCAGGAGUUGGAGAGUACGAGGUGUUUAAUUGCGAUUUGGACUUUCCACACGAGACUCCGAUUCCCUACAUUCUUCAAUGGAAUCGCGACGGUCGAACGAUCUUUUCAUGGUACAACGGAUAUCCGUCUGUGGGACUGGGCUACGAGGGUCGCGUUCAUCUUUUAGAAGAUGCCGUGAACCGCGGAUAUGGGCAGGGCAGCAUUAAUCUCACGAAUAUUCGUGAGAGCGAUCAAGGAUGGUACGAGUGUCGGGUGAUCUUCCCGAACAGAACGCCUAACUCCAGGAACAAUGGAACGUGGUUCCACCUCGCCAUAGAUGGUGCGUCGCCGUUUCCGACGUCUGUUCCAGGCGAGACUUUGCUGGCGGUCCCGCCUGUCAACAGGACGGUAAUGGAGGGUGAAUCCGUUAGUUUCGAUUGCGUCGCCAAAGGAGAGAAGUCGGUCGUAAACUGGUUCCGCGAGGGCGUGGAAAUUACAACGAUCGAGGAUUUCAGAAGAAGAGCGUCUGUCGCCGAGAAUGGAACGCUGACCAUCAAUGCGCCUGCCAUGGGUGACCUUGGGGAGUACACCUGCAUGGUGACCGGUGAAACUGGAGACCAGCAGAGCGCCUCGGCCUUCCUCAACGUACAAUACAAGGCGAAGGUUAUAUACGCUCCCCGGGAAGUCUAUCUGCCGUAUGGAAAACCAGCCCUUCUGGACUGUCAUUUUAGGGCAAAUCCACCCCUAACGAACCUGCGUUGGGAGAAGGAUGGAUUUCUUUUCGAUCCUUACAACGUUCAGGGCGUCUUCUACAGGAGAAACGGUUCUCUGUACUUCAGCAAAGUGGACGAAACUCAUUCCGGAAGUUAUACUUGUACACCGUACAACAAACUGGGCACCGACGGGCCCAGCCCCUCGAUCACCGUGGUGGUGCAAAGGCCGCCGGUGUUUACAGUGACCCCACAACACUUGUACAUAAGGAAAUUGGGAGAGAAUUUGGAGAUACCUUGCGACGCUAGGGAUGGAGAUCAAUCCCAUCGACCGUCGAUCGUUUGGUACAAGGAUGGUUCGCCAGUACCACCGGGAAACAGGACCAUCGUGAUCGGUGGCAAUUUGACGAUCGAUAGAAUUCAAGAACAGGAUAGAGGACUGUAUCAAUGCGCGGCUAGCAACGAAGCUGCAACCGUUGUUGCGGACACGGAAUUGAUGGUAUUGAACGUUCCUCCGAGAGCACCGUACAAUCUAAGUGCCAACAGCAGCAAUAACGCGGUCACGCUGACUUGGGUGCCAGGGUAUGUCAGGCCCAAGAUGGAGUAUUCAGUUUGGUAUAGACCAACAGAUACCACGGAAUGGAGAACGAUGAAGAUCGUGUCUAGGAAAAUCACCGAGGCCACCGUGAACAAUCUAAAUCCCGGACGCGAGUAUGAAUUCAUGGUGCUUAGCCAGGACAAACACGGAGACGGGAUGUUUAGUAAAACGUUGCGUAUUUUCACGCAGCCAAGUUCGAUAGACGAGAACUCGGCAUCGGAAUAUCGUAGUCCACCAGAUGACCGAAUGGGUCCGCCGGUCAACGUCAGAGUACAGGCUACCGUGCAAGGUUAUUUAGUCACCUGGGAACCCCCUGCCUACGGGAAAGAGCAAGUGAGACUAUACGCGGUUAGGUGGUUCCGAGGCCCGUCCGAGCAACUAUACGGAAGAGCAGAAACAACCGACACUUACUACCUAGUUAAAACCUUAGAAGAGGAGAGUUAUUAUACGUUCGAGGUGGCCGCAAUGUCGAUGUCGGACGACGUGGCCACAAGCGAGCGCGUCAGUCUCGAAGUUCCAGCAUACCGUAGGAACAGGGCGAUUUCCAUGGGAAUAGUGGCGGGCAUCGGAUUUUUGGCAGCAGCCCUGGCUGCCAUAUGGUGGGCAAAGAAACGUUUCUGUCAGUCAUCGAACGAGAAGUAAGGGACAUCCAUCGUGGAAUGACCUUAGGCGCGUUUCAAGUGGAAAGCUUUCGGCAGAGAAUCGAAAGUCAACGCGCGGGCGCAAAAAUGAACUUCCCUAACGUAGCGAUAUCGAUAGUUGAUACAGUACGAUGAAUUUCGUUUUUCCAAGUGGAUCAUUCGUCGACUCGCGAAAUUGUAAUCGUUUCUAUGUAAUAUAUUAUCGAUCGCGUGGAUGUAAGGGAGGUGUAAGAUCGAGACGGCAGUCAUUCGAUGCUGAAGAGUUUCGUAUGUGGGACGGUUUGAUUUACUGCGUUUACGUAUAAGUUACUACUACGAGUGUUCUUGCAUUGCAUCGUGUUACAUUAUGUAUCGUUUAAAAGCUUUAUUAGAUAAGUGCACGUUUAUUAAGGAUUAGAUACGGCAUUUGGCCGUUAUUUGGCCACCGGGCCUCGAGGAACGCAUGGGUUCUUAACCCGUCAAAAGCGACAAACGUGUCCCAGUCUACCAGGUUAAAUGAUUCGGCUAGGACUAUAUUUACGUAUGUAUACAUCCGAAACGUUUUUGUAUUGUAAAUAAAUUGUGUCGAUUACUAUGCA